AUGGGCAGCCAUGGUAACCCCAGGGAUGCAACGGAGGCAGACAUUACGGAUGACGUGCCGAGCAGCUCGCGACAACUGAGCGCUUGGCUGCGGCGCACACGGCAGAACAAGAUCCGCAAGGUGGUUCGCGAGGUGUAUUUGAGGGAUGACAUCGUCCCGGAGCCCUUCGAAGGUGCAGAUCAAGUGCUGAUACUGGACACCAACAUUGUGCUGCAUCAGAUCGAUCUGAUCGCCGAGGAUGAAUGCGUGAACCACGUGGUGGUUCCCUACACGGUGUUGCAGGAGGUCAGGCACAGGAACAUGGGGAUCUACGCCCGGCUUCGAGCACUCUGCCGCGUGGAGACAGGGGAUGCCAAGCAGGACCAGGUGGUCGAGGCAGAGCUCAAUGAAGAGCCCGCCCCUCCCAGCAACGCGAGGAGGGGUGUGGGAGAUCGUGAGAAAGCAAAGGAGAUGGCAUCAGCCAGGAAUGCGCGCCAGUUCUACGUGUUCCCCAACGAGUUCUUCCGAGAGACGUACGUGGAGCGCGCCCCGCACGAGUCGCAGAAUGAUCGGAAUGAUCGGGCAAUUCGGAGGGUGGCCCACUGGUACCGGCGCCAUAUCGUUGGCCCUGAGGUCCUUUUGCUGACAGACGACCGCGCCUGCAAAGCCAAGGCUCUUUCGGAUGGGCUGGUGGCUUUUCGAGCGGCGGAGUUUGUGGAGAGGAUGCGCGGCAAGUUCCCCGAAGCUGGUGAAAAGCUGGCCCUUCGGGAUGACGAUGCCGAGAUGCCGGAAGCCAAUGAAGUCGGGGCGGCGGCUGCCCUGGCCUCCAAGUCCUCGCCUGCAAGCACUCCACGUGGCGUGAAGCGGAAGGAGGCCCUUGUCAAGUCAGCAGAUGGCUCGGUGUACCCGGCCCACCUGAAGGCCAGCGAAGUCGAGCGUGGCUUGAAGGAGAGGCGUCUGUUUCAGGGUGUGCUGCGUAUGCACAUGAACACCUGCAUGCAUGGCAGCGUGACAUGCAGUGGGACAGAGGAGGUGGAGGUGUCGGGCCGGCUGGCUCUCAACCGGGCCAUUGACGGUGACGUGGUGGUGGUGGAGAAGAUGGAGAGUGUCGAGGCCCUGGAGCGAGCGGAUAAGCGCCUGCGCCUGGAGGUUGCCGACCCCGAGUUCGGAGUCUCGGGUGCGGCCCCCUCCGCAACGGAUGAGCUCAAAGAGAUGCAGGCACAGCCCGCCCAGAUGGCGCAGACGGAUCGGCCCAAGGGCCGCGUGGUGGGCAUCCUGAAGCGCAACUGGCGCGAGUACUGCGGCACCUUGAGGCCCCUGCACGCGGAGCGCCAGAAGGAGCACGGCCCCGGGACGUACAACAAGUCCGACCGGGUGUUCAUUCCGGCUGACGCGAGGCUGCCAAACAUCAUGAUUCAGACCCGGCACUCGGCGAACUUGGAGAACAAGCGCAUCGUGGUGGUGCUGGAUGGCUGGGACCGGUUCAGCCAUCAUCCAUCAGGGCACUGGACCAAGAUUCUGGGGGAUGUCGGCGACAGGUCCGUCGAGAGCAUGGUGAUCCUUCAUGAGCAUGGAGUCAUCACGCGCGAGUUCAGUGAAGCCGUGUACCGGUGCUUGCCUUCGGCCGACUGGCAGCCGAGUGCUGAAGACCUGCAGGGCAGAGAGGACCUCCGAAAUAUCUGCGUUUGCUCCGUGGACCCUCCUGGUUGCAAGGACAUCGACGACGCCGUCUCGUGCGAGCCGUUGCUGAACGGAAACUACCGUGUUGGCGUCCACAUCGCCGACGUGACGAACUUCGUGCACCCCGGGACUGCAAUCGACAACGAGGCGGCAGAGAGGUGCACCACGGUUUACCUAGUGGAGCGGCGCACGGACAUGCUGCCAGGUCUGCUUACCACCGACAUCUGCUCCCUGCGGGCCCAGGUGGAGCGCCUAACCUUCUCAGUGCUUUGGGAGAUGACGCCAGAUGCAGAAGUUGUGGACACGAAGUUCUGCAAGGCGAUCAUCAAGUCCCGCGCAGCCCUCUCCUACGCAGAGGCGCAGGGGAGGAUUGACGACCCGAAGGACAACUCGGAGAUCACGCGCAUCCUCAGGACACUGCUGAAGCUUACCCGAGAAAUUCGGGCGCGCCGCGUGGACAAAGGUGCCCUUGAGUUGGCCUCGCAGGAGGUCCGCUUUGAGCUGGACAGCGAGACACAGGAUCCCACGGACGUUGCCGAAUACCAGCAGCGUGAAACCAACAAGCUGAUCGAGGAGCUCAUGUUGUUGGCAAACCAGGCUGUGGCCACGAAGAUCCUGAACAGCUUCCCGAUGUUCGGAGUUCUUCGGCGACACCCGCCGCCGAAGGACGAGCAGCUGAAAGUCUUGCAGAAGCUGCUGGCAAAGAACGGGAUCAGCGACUUCAAGUUCGGCAGCAAUAAGGAGCUUUCUGAGUCGCUUCAGAAUGCGGUGAAGCCGGAGGACCCGUUCUUCAACACCUUAGUGAGGAUUAUGACCACGAGGUGCAUGAACCAAGCGGUCUACUUCUGUACUGGCGAAGUGCAACCGGCACUCUAUGGUCACUACGGGCUGGCGAUGGAGCGCUACACGCAUUUCACGUCGCCCAUUCGUCGCUACGCGGAUGUCUUGGCACAUCGGCUCCUGGCCGCCUCGUUGGGACUCAUACCUCUGCCAGAACAGCUGCAGUCGAAGGCCACGAUCUCGGAACAAUGCGACAAGAUAAAUGUGAAGCAUCGCAUGUCGCAAUUCGCCAGCCGAGCAUCUGCUGACUUGCACACCUUCAUGUUCUUCAACAAGAAGGGCCAGCAGUCGGCAGAGGCGGUGGUCACCCGAAUACGCCGCUCCGGGAUGCAGGUCAACGUACCCCGCUACGGCAUCGAAGGUGUCGUGGCCAUGCCGGAGGAGGACUGGGAGGUCCGCGAGGAGGAGCAGUGCAUCUUGUCCAAGAGCCAGGCGGGUCUUCGGAUCGACAUCUUCGCACAUAUCAAGGCGGGAGAGGCUGCCCGGAAGCAGGUGCAAGAGGAGAUGUUCCCCGACCAGUGCCUCGGAUGGCCGAAGGGGCCCAACGGGAGAGAGGCCCAUGUCUUUGUCGGCCCGGCCAUGCAAGACCGCGAGCGGCUCGCGAAGGACGAAGCGCUGCUGCAGCGGCUCGAGGACCUAUUGGAGAAGCAGCUGGCAGCCCUUGCUGGCUUCGGUGACAAGGGCCCGGAGACGCAGCCGCCAGAGAAAGUCGCGGGGCAUGAGGCCGCAGGCGCGGCGUGUCUCAAGCUCGCCCGGAACUUGACAGUGGGCCGGCCGGACAUGCAGGACCGGUGGUGGCGGCGCGGCCUCAUCGAGCGCCUAGCAGUUCAGGCGCGAAGCGAUGUGGCCUCGCCAGGUGGUGAGCGAUCAUCCGCCUGGUGCGAGGCUGUGCCCAGCUUCGUUGCAAACGCCAUCGCUGGGAAUCGGGGGCUGCGCACGGAGGCCCUCCCGGCACUGUUCCCGCAUGGCCUGGCCGCGCUGCUGGCGUUGUGCUGGCGCCGGCCGGAUCACGGCUUCCUGCUGUUGCAGAACUUGUUCGCUGCGGGUGACGCAGGUGUCGCCGGUGCGGAGCGCCUUGCCGAGGAGCCCUGCGUGUUGUACAUGGCGCUGAGCCUUCUCAGAGCCGUGGACUCUGACGACCUUAGCGCCGCCGUGGCUGCCAAGGCGCGCGAUUGGGCAGCCAUCUUCUUCUCCAGCCUCUGGAGCUCAGGUCUCUUCGCCCAGGCUUUCCGCGCUGUUGCCAGCGUGUCGGCGGAGCGACUCCACAGCUUCCUGACGGCUGUGGCAGCCGUGCCUGGCUGGGGCGCCCUGCGCCCGGAAGGGAGCAGCGGAGAGUCAGUUGAGGAAGCGGCACAGACCUUUGGGAUCAUCGCUUCACGCCUCUGUGGGCACAAAGAGGCCCUGGGCUUGCUGUGGCACACAGUUCGCGGCCUCCUGGGAGGGUUGGACAGCGAGGAAGGCGUGAGCUCGCAAGGUGGCAGCGCUGGCGUCUCCUCGUCUGCUUUGUGCCUGGCGCAGCAGCUGCUCAACGACUCCAGCUUCGUGGAGCUGGCCGCGGAGGAGAUGGCGGCGGGGAUCCUCCAGUUGGCAGCCGUUUGGAAUCUUGAGCUGGAGUAUGACCCACCCCCCGCAGAUGCCUGCCGAGCGCUCGGCCUCGAACCCGCAGAUCUCGAUCUCGCAGCGUUAGCAGCUCGGGGGCUCCACCACGACGAGGCUCCCUGUGGCAAGGGCGAGGAGGGAUCCUUCCGCGAGCUGCUCUUGGCUGCGGUCGAGCUGGCCUCCAUCCCUUGCGGCGCGCCAUUCCCGCGGAAGCUUGCAGGACUCUACUUGUCAGCGAAUGUUCAGCUACUGAAUGCGCUGCAUCACUUGCGCUUUGGUACUGCAGCGGUGGCUGAGACGGGGGUCGAGCUGCCUUCGCGGCAGGAGCCCGCUGCUGCCAACCCUGAGAGUGCUGUCAAGGCUGCUGCGGCCUGCCAGCUGGUGGCGCAGCUGAGGCUUUGCGGCAACGUGCUCUACGAAAGCCCAGAGGCCGCGGAGUUUCUGCGUUUGUCCGGUGGCCUGCCAACUUUGCUCUCCCACUGCUAUGCCGACCCGGAGAUGCCUCUGCUACGUGAGGUGGGCGUCUUCGCGGUGCGCAACGCCACACAGCACAGCGAAGCGACCCGUGCUGCGGUGAGGCAGCUGCUGGCCGAGAGGCGCGCUCGCGCUGCCUCUGGCGCGCAACGCCAAGGAGCCGAGCUGCCCGCCAUCGACGAGUUGCUGGCCCAGAUCGGCUUCCUGUGGCUGCCAGGCCACCGAAAGCUCCCAGCAGAAGCUACACUCGAGCAUCUCUUCGGAGAUGCCACUUUCCAGGGUGGGGGGUCGCUGGUGCAACUGCUGCGUGCCCGCCGCCUCACGAGUCUGAAAGACUUCGUCUGCGUGCCGCCGUGGGAGCUGCGGGACUGGCUCCUCAUCACCGAGGAGGAGGCCACCGAGCUGCUAAGCUUCGCCUGGGCAGCUGCGGCCGCGCCGGUGAUCUCUGCCUGGGAUUUGGCGGCAGAUGGCGAGGCAGUUGCACAGCCCGUGCCCGGCCCUUUACCGACGCUGAGCCGGGCGCUGGGUGCCGGCGGCCUCUCCGCAGCGCUGGUGGAGGUGGCUGGGCCGCCGGGCGUCGGCAAGACGCAGUUCUGUCUGCACGCCGCAGCGCUGACUGCUUCCCGUGGCCAUGACGUGUUCUGGGUGGACACAGAGCGGACGUUCUCUGCGCAGAGGCUGUGCGAAAUGUUAGAAGCACAGAUCGCCGCAGAAGGGAGAGCCCGGCCACAGGAGGUCACCCAGGCAGCCAUGCAAGCAAUGCAAAGAAUUAAGCACCGCGCCUGCAGCUCUCUACAAGAGCUGCAUGAUGUUUGCUCGGAGUUGGCGGGGCGAGCUCUUCAGGGCGGUCCACUACCUGGCCUGUUGGUAAUCGACAGCGUGGCAGCAGUGGCCCGUGUGGAUGGCACGGGGGACCGGCGGGCGCAGAUCCCUCGCCGCCAGGCCCUGCUGAGCAGCUUGGCGAGCCAGCUCAAGGUCCUGGUGGCAAGGCCCCGACAGCGGCGGUCCCAGGAGUCGCAAGCCAUGUCCCCGGGAGUCGUCGUGACCAACCAAGUCAUGGGGGACCCCACCGCCGGAAUUAGUCGAGUCACUCUUGGCCACGUUUGGCACCAUUCCGUUAACUGGCGACUGGUGCUCAGCCAUUUGCCACCAGGAUCUGCAGAAGGUCCUGGAAGCAAGGAGCAAGCAGAUCCCUUUGGCCGUCGGUACUUGCUGGUCGAGAAGAGCCCGUCCUUCAAGUCUGUGGCUGUCCAGUUUGCCAUCAAGGACAGUGGCCUCUGCGAGCAGGGUGCCGUGCAGUGA